AUAUCUGUCUUCUUCUUCAAUACUCUCAUAAUCCCUCAAAACUCCAAAUUCCAAAGGUAAACUCUUUCUCUCUCUAUCUUUCUCUUUCUCUCUCUUCAAAUGUUAACUGCUGCUUCUACUUCAUUGACACUUUUUCUUCGUCGCUUUUGACCAUUUUUCAAGCUUUAAUUUUUUUUGUAAAAAAAAAAAAAUGCGUCUAGAUUUGAUGAUAAACUAAAGCAAAGUACCCUUCAAUUUCAAAAGCAUUUGAAAUUAACAGCAGCAACUAAAGGAGUUUUACGACGCCGUUUUUGAGUUUUCCGGCGCCGGUAAUUGGAUGAGUGCUUCUAGGUUCAUAAAGUGUGUCACCGUCGGCGACGGAGCCGUCGGAAAAACUUGUAUGCUCAUUUCUUACACCAGCAACACUUUCCCCACUGAUUAUGUACCAACAGUGUUUGACAAUUUCAGCGCCAAUGUGGUAGUAGAUGGGAGCACAGUAAAUCUAGGGUUGUGGGAUACUGCUGGUCAGGAAGAUUACAAUAGACUGAGACCAUUGAGCUAUAGAGGGGCAGAUGUAUUCCUUCUUGCAUUUUCUCUUAUCAGCAAAGCCAGUUAUGAAAACGUUUCGAAGAAAUGGAUUCCUGAAUUGAGGCAUUAUGCUCCCGGUGUGCCAAUUAUUCUUGUUGGAACAAAGCUAGAUCUUCGAGAUGAUAAGCAAUUUUUUCUAGACCAUCCUGGUGCAGUGCCGAUCACAACAGCUCAGGGAGAAGAUCUGAAAAAGCAGAUUGGAGCAGCCGCUUAUAUUGAGUGUAGUGCAAAAACACAGCAGAACAUAAAGGCUGUGUUUGAUGCUGCAAUCAAAGUUGUCCUCCAGCCACCAAAGCAGAAGAAGAGAAAGAAGCGAAAGUCUCAGAAAGGCUGUUCAAUAUUAUAACAAGGAGAUAUUGGCUUAAGAAGUCCACUUACCAGUUUCUGUUACAUUUUCCUACUCAUCUAUCAUCAUAUUAGAGUAGUGGGAUGUUCUUUAGAUGCUAAUAGUUUGACUGACAGAACUGAGGGGCUCUCGCUCUUAUUAGCAGUAUCAGGUGGUGGAUUCGUUAAUCAAAUUUGUUGUAAUAUGUAUAUCAUUAUUCACUCUAUGUUUCUAAACCAGAGAGACAAGAGUUCUGUGUAAAAUUUGUGUGUUUUAUGAGGAUGUAGUAAUAGAAGUGUGUAAACUAAGCUUUAAGAGGCUUAUACAUACAAUAUUGCAUUUGGUUGUAUUAUAUGUUCAAUUGUAACUUGGAAACAUUUAAGAAAUCUUAGCCCCUCUGGUUUGGUUGCUUGCAUGCUUAUGUGCAAUGUUACUAAAACUCGGGUACAUGUGUCCAAUGUGAGUUUUUGUCCAA